CGGAAAUCAAGGAAAAGAUCUCACGUAGUGAAAUAUUUUACAUGAGAAUUAUUGAUGUUACGCAGACGUAAGAGAAGUACGCACUUGUUUCCGUUGCUUAUGUUUUCUUUGAUAAUGUGCGCGUGCUCACUCAACGAACACUUGUAUGUUCAGUGUCUUUGACGAACGGUACUUUUAUUUUGAAAGUUCCGUCCGGAAAGUGCUCUUUGUGUGUGACUGUCGCUCUGAAACGUCUCCGUGUUUGUUUUCACAUUUUUCGCUUUUUAAUCUCUCGUGUUUUCUCUUUAAAAUGGCGGCCGCUAUCCGCCUCUUCUUCUUCUUCUUCUUCUUCUUGUCCACUUUUCCCGCGGCGUUGUCCUCGCGAGGGGACGUGCUCGAGCUCGGGGACGCUGACUUCGACUACCUGGCAACGGAGCACGAGACCAUGCUGGUGAAAUUCUACGCACCAUGGUGUGGCCAUUGUAAGAAGUUGUCUCCAGAGUUUAACAGAGCAGCGAGUCGACUCAAAGGAAUCGUCCAGUUAGCAAAGGUGGACUGCACCGCUCACUCAGAGACCUGUGGACGUUUCGGUGUCUCUGGUUAUCCAACUCUGAAGAUCUUCAGGAGUGGAAGAGACUCCGCCCCCUAUGACGGACCUCGCACUGCAGACGGUAUCUCUCAGUACAUGAAGAAGCAGACCGGUCCAGACUCAGUUCUGUUGAGGACUCACUCAGACCUGCAGACGUUCAUCAGUCACUACGAGCCCAGUGUCGUUGGUGUGUUUUCAGGUGAGGACAGCUCUCGUCUCUCUGAGUUCCUUAAAGCUGCAGCGCUGCUCAGGGAACAAUUCCGAUUCGCUCACACCACCGACCUGAGGCUGGGGGCGGAGCAUGGAGUCCAGUCUGAGAGUGUGUUGUUGUUUCGAUCGCCCAGACUCAGCAGUAAGUUUGAGGACAGCGUGGUCGUCUUCUCUGAUCACCUGACCAUCAGCUCGCUGCGACGCUUCAUCAGAGAUCACAUUCACGGUCUGUGUCCUCACAUGACGAUGGAGAACAGAGAACGACUGAGAGUCCGAGACCUGCUGACCGUUUACUACGAGCUGGAUUAUCACCUGAACCCCCGCGUGUCCAACUACUGGAGGAACAGGGUUAUGAAGGUGGUGUCUCAGUACAGUGGGCGGGGCCUGACAUUCUCAGUAGCCAAUAAGAAGGACUUCCUGUCCGAGCUGGAGGACGACUUUGGUUUGGGGACGGAGGACGGAGGAGACCUGCCGUUCGUCACCGUCCGAACCAAACUGGGCCACAAGUUCACCAUGAGGGAGGAGUUCACGAGAGACGGUCAGUCACUCGCCAGGUUUUUAGACGAUUACUUCGCCGGUCGACUCAAACGCUACGUUAAAUCUGAACCUGCACCUGAGAGGAACUCUGCCCCUGUCAAGGUGGUGGUUGCUGAGACGUUUGAUGACAUCAUCAACGAUGGUGAUAAAGAUGCUGUGAUCUUGUUCUACUCGCCGUCCUGUCCACACUGUAAAAAACUGGAGCCCGUUUUCAGAGAGCUCGCUAUCAAACUCGUUUCUGAUCCAAACAUCGUCAUCGCAAAGAUGAAUGCCGUUGAUAACGACGUCCCGCUGGCCUAUGAUGUCCCAGGAUUUCCGACCAUUUACUUUGCUCCGAUGGGGAGAAAAGACGAGCCCAUUCGCUACGAGGGUGGUCGAGAGUUAAAAGACUUCCUGAAGUUUGUGAAGACGAGUCGCAGUCGAGUGGCCGACGCCUCAAGGGACGAACUCUGACAUUGUUCUUUCAUUCACCAAUGAGAGCGCAUCGCUGGUUUCAUGGAACACCUUUCACCACGCUGACUGUGGUCAUGUGAUGGAGUGAUCGCACGUUUCUGCGAUGAUUUACUUAUUUAUUUAUUUAUUUACUAUGUUUUUUACAAGAAAAACUGGAGCAAAACAAAACACAAAUCACUGACCAAUGCUUUAAUUAACAUCUGCGUCUGUGCCAAUACUUUAUUUAUUCAGUUGUUGCCUUUUGCCCGAAAAUAACAGGAACUUUUAUUUUUUUACUGUCGAUUCAUCAUCUGACUGAUCACCUGAUCCUGAAAAUAAAUCACAGUGUGAAUUUUAUUUAUUUUCA